AUGGUGGGGGUGGGGGUCGGCAUUUUGAUACCGGUCCAGGGCCUGUGUCUCGACUGGGCUAAGAGGGAUGCUGGUACAGUACAAGCCCCUCUCCCGCUUCCCGCUUCCCGCUUCGCCCAUCCGUACUCGGCCUGGCUUCUCGAGGAGGACGAGGACGAGGACGAGGUCCCUCGCGUUCUUGGGGAAGACUCAAACCCGUCGACCAAGACCCUCUCGAAAGCUUUGGAGCGUUACUAUACCAAGAUCGUGGAGCGGUAUAUGACUUUCUGUUCCGACGCUGGACAACGCGACGAGCUCCUUCGCCGCUUCGCCGCCCUCGAACUCUCCAGCCCUUCCACCACUUGCAUCCCGUCACAGAUCCAGAGAGCGACAACAAAGACGACGGCGACGACAUCUACAUCUGCAUCUGCAUCUGCAUCUCCACCAACAUCCACCCCACCUCCUCCAUCUCCACCUCCACCCGACCCAACCGCCCAACCGCUCUCCGACAUCCUGCCCGCCCUGCGCAAGCUCCGCGAAGGCAUAGUGGCCUCCCACCGCGCCGACGACUUCGCCACCCAAGUCUACCUCUUCGCCAUCCGCCUCUCCAUCCUCGUCAAGCACCCCGAGUCCUACCACCCGGCCAUCCUGCACCUCCUGCGCGUCCUCCACCCGCGCCAGCCGCUCACCUCGGUCGAGCACGCCGAGGUGGCCGCCUACCUCGUCCUCGACGCCGCCUGCCGCCGCGCCGACCUCGCCGCCGCCUACGCCCUGCGCAGCCGCCACGGACUACGCGACGCCAAGGUCGACGCCGCCCUCGCCGCCCUCGCCCACGACAACUACGUCGCCUUCCGGAGGGUGCGCCGCGCCGUCGACGGCCACCGCGCACGGCUGAUGGAGUUUGCCGACGAGGAGAUGCGGGGCCAUGCGCUCAAGUGUCUGGGGCGGUCGUAUUUGAGUGUCGAUCGGCCGUUUCUGGAGCGGUGUGCCGGUGCCACCUGGGAGCUCUUGACGGCGAGAGACGGGGUGGGGUGGGAGCUGGAUGGCGAGAAGGUUGUCAUUCGGAGGGUCAAGGGGCGGUGA